GUUGUAUAACAUCUCAGUGUCAGCAAGAACGACACCACAUCUCACCAAAACAACCAUGUCCAGAUUCACCGUUUCUGGCGUCAGCCUCCCCUCCGGCCUCUUCAUCAACAACGAGUGGGUGCAGGGCCACGGCGAGCGGCUGCAGGUCGUCAACCCCGCGACUGAGGAGCAGAUUGCCGAGAUCGAGACCGCCUCCCGCGAGGACGUCGACCUCGCCGUCGCUGCUGCGCGCGCGGCGUUUGAGUCGACGUGGGGCACAUGGGUCAGCGGGCAGGAGCGUGGCCAGCUGCUGUUCAAACUCGCCGACCUCGUCGAGGCGAACAUUGACGAGCUGGCCGUGCUUGAGCGCGUCGACGGCGGCAAGCCUGCGGGCUGGGCGCGCGUCGACAUUGUGGACACGGUGGCGUGUUUCCGCUACUUUGCCGGCGCGGCCGACAAGAUCCACGGCAGCGUCGUCGAGAUCGACGACCAGCGCAAGCACGCCGUGCUCCGCAAGGAGCCGAUCGGGGUCGUCGCGCAGAUCGUGCCGUGGAACUACCCGCUCCUCAUGAUGGCGUGGAAGGUCGCGCCGGCGCUGAGCGCCGGCUGCGCCAUCGUCUUCAAGGCCGCCGAGCAGACGCCGCUGUCGACGCUGCGCUUCGCCGAGCUCGUCAAGGAGGCCGGAUACCCCGCCGGCGCGUUCAACCUCGUCAACGGCGUCGGCGCGGUGACUGGCGAAACCCUCUCGCGCCACCUCGACAUUGACAAGGUAGGUGUUGGAGCAUCGCUGGAUGCAGGCGCUGACGCCCGCCAGAUCGCCUUCACCGGCUCGACCGCCACGGGCCGCCGCAUUGCCGUCGCGGCCGCCGAGUCCAACCUCAAGAAGGUGACCCUCGAGCUGGGCGGCAAGAGCGCCAACAUUGUGUUUGCGGGUGCCAACCUGCCCGAGGCGGCCAAGUGGGCCGCGUUCGGCGUGUACGAGAACAUGGGCCAGUCGUGCAGUGCUGGAUCCCGCGUGCUCGUCCAGGAGUCGGUGUACGACGAGUUUGUCAAGCUCUUCGUCGCCGCCGCGUCGGCGUUCAAGGUCGGCCCCACCGAGGACGAGGACACGUUCCAGGGCCCGCAGAUCAGCAAGGUCCAGUUUGACAAGAUCCUCGGCCUCAUCGAGGCGGGCAAGGCUGCCGGCGCCAAGUGCGUGCUCGGCGGCGCGCGCCACGGGACCAAGGGCUACUUUAUCCAGCCGACCGUCUUCACCGACGUCGACAUGGGCAUGCGCAUUGCGCAGGAGGAGAUCUUUGGCCCCGUCGCUAGCAUCAUCAAGUUCAAGGACGAGGCCGAGGCGAUCGCCAUCGCCAACGCGACAGAGUACGGCCUCGCCGCGGCCGUCCACACGACAGACUACAACCAGGUCAACCGCGUCACGCGCCGCCUCAAGGCCGGCACGGUGUGGGUCAACCAGUAUGUCAUCGUCUCGCACCAGAUUCCGUUUGGCGGCUACAAGCAGUCUGGGUGGGGCCGCGAGCUCGGAAUGGAGGGCCUCGAGCCCUACCUCACCACAAAAUCAGUGCACCACUACUAUGACGAGGAGGGCUUCGAGUGGCCUAUCCGCCUGUCCAAGCUCUAGGCAGGGGGCAGAUGAGUACAUAGGUGCGAUGCAGCAGUUCACGGGA